AUGCUGGUGCUUGCUGCGCUCGUUUUUCUUUUGUCACCCUCGUCUCUGGCGGCGGGUGAGCCACCCGUGGUACAGUCGCUGAGCCAAGCGGCGCCGCUGUCGCCAGACGACCCCCUCGCCAAGUUCCCGCCGCGCCUCGACCCCGUGCGCUGGUCCAGCGGCCUGCCGCGCCUGCUGCUCAGCGCCAAGGACAAGGAGCACGGGCAGAACCGCAGCCGGCAGCGGUGA